AUUUUUCAUAGCAGGUGAUACACUUAAAUGAAUUACAUUAAAGUCCCAGUUCAGAUUAUUCUUUUAACAAAUGAAACAAAGAAAUGCCCAAAAUUUUCCAUGAAAUGUUAAUACUAAAGUUCAUUUGUGUGUCUUGAUCAUAGUGACUUGAUGGGAUCAUUACAGAUUCUGCAUAAAAUUAUAUAAUUAUCAGUAAAAUGGAAAGUUUUUUCAAUACAAAAAAUAGGCUUGACUCACACACAAAGAGAUAAUCAUACCAAUCACUAUGAAUGAAGUCUUUGUUGUUAUUGAAUAAAUAAUGAAAAGACUAAACUGAAACGAGAAGAGAAAUGCUGUUUUUAACGACUAGUGUAUUAGCUGUGAUACUCGUUCACGUUGUAAAGACAUCUGAAGAUGAUCAUUAUGAAAAACCAGUGGAAAAAGACGCAAAAAUGAAUAUUUUAUUUCAUUUAAUACAUUUAUUGAAAGACCGAAAGAUAAAAGAGAAAAACGUUGUUUCGCCACAUUAUUCAGUCCGGAAUGAAACGGUUCUUCUACGGAACUCAACAGAACAAGAAAAACAGCAAGAAUUACUUCUUCAACUACAAAGAGCGUUGAAGAACAUGAAAAGUAGAGCUAAAGAGAAAACACACCGUUAUGUGAAGUAUUUCAAUACUACGAAUAAAGCAGAGAAACAUUUCAACGCUACGAAUAACAAAUCGAAGUCAUCUUUGGAUCAUCACGAGAGAAAAAGUAUCCCAAAUUUUGAGCAAAGAUCAAAUAUUUUACAACCAAUAAAGAAAGUGUCUAGUGAAGCAAAAGCAAGGUAUUAUUACGAACAAGCUCGUUUCUCAUAUCUUAGGUCACUCGAAGCAGCUGAAGAGAAAAAACUGUCAAAACUGGAAAAACUUACGCAUAAUUUUUCUUUUAUUUUACGGAAAGAGGAAAAACAUUUGAACAGUAAAAAUGUUAGUCAUAAAAUUUCAGAAAAUUUAAUGCAAAGAAGAAAAUAUCCACUAGAGCGAAAACAGAGGCAUGUGACAUCCAUUUUCCACAAAGACCAAAACAGAAAAAAAUUCGAUUUAAGCACAGACAAGCUUCUGUCAAAUAUGUUAAACGAAGAGGCAAAACUGAACCGUCUUCAAACGUUGAAAAAAAAAUUAUCAAUUCAAUCAAUGUCAAACAAACUGGAGAUGAUCAGUGGCAAACGUGAGGCAAAUAAACGAUAUUCGCAAGGAAUAUUGUUGGAUAAGAAAAACAGAGACCAAAAGUCAAAAAAUAAGCCUUACCCUUAUGUUACAUCAAAAAGAGUUACGUCAAAAAGUUCAAAUAAACUUAGCAGUUCAAGGAAUAUUUCAACCAUUGUGAGCAUGCCUGAAGAGAAGGAAACAAGAAACAAGAACAAAAAUUUUGACCUCUUCGUUUAUAAGAACGAAAAACCUGUCAAUAUUGGUGAUUCAUUAUUCUCGUCAAACAAUGCCAACAAAGCUGACAUUGGAGUGAAGAUUGGAGAUCAAGGAACACAAAGUCAAGAUGAAAACAAAAACCUUACUCCAAGCUUGACUACGAAAACUGUCACAAUUAAUUUCAGCAAUGAUACAACAAAUAGGAAAUUAACGGACUCAAAUGUUAUUGGAAGGAGGAAUGAAGCUAGAGCACUUCAUUUUCCAAAAUUGGAUGAUCCGAAAGCGACCGCUGUGAGCAAUACUAGAUUGUCUGACUUUAUAGAUGAUAUAAACAAUCCAUUUAAAGAUCUCAACAGAAACUUAACUGAGGCAAUCUCAGAUAGCUUCCGGCGAAAACGUGUUAAACUCCAAAAUGAAAGUGAUGAAUUAAAAUCCACUCAAGGAAAGAACUCCUAUCGUCUACAAACACAAAAAAUUAAUGAAAAUUCGAUAAAAAAUCAUUUGAUUCCCGUCAACCACACAAAUGUGACAAAAGAGAACGUAGAACAAGAUCUCAAAAAAAUGCAACAGAAUAUUAUAUCGAAGCUUACUUCAUCAAACUUAAUGAAGAAGGAAUCCCGCAAAAAUAUUUCAAAAGUCUUGCAAAAAGCUGAAGAAUUUUUUUUGGAAAAGGUCAAAGAAGUUCUGUUCGAAAAUCAAAAAAGAAAAAAAUUGGAAAACAUUCAAAACAAACAUAAAAAUGAAUCUAGUAAAACAAAAAUUAGUGGUGUUAUUAACGCUUCAGUUUAUACCAUGAGUGAUUCUACAAUACAAAGCGAAAAACCCAAAGCAGAUAAGGAAAAUGAUAAUAUAAAGAUGGCUACAAAAAUGCUAACAAACAAUGUGAAUACAAUAGAAACGAAAGAAAACCCAAAUUUACUACAAUCACCACUAGUACUGAAUACUGAAGCCAACGUUCCCAAUAUAUCACCAAUACAAAGUCUACAGACGCCUGUUGAUGUCACUCAACCAUUAAUGGCCCAAACAGAGAUGAAAAAUUAUCCAGUUUCCGGGCUGCCUUUAACAUCUGAACGACAGUUCGCUCAAAAUGAAGAAAGAAUCGCAUUACAACCGGACAAUUCGUUUCACAAUAUACAAAUUGGCAAUGGUAAUUGGCAACUUGGAAAUAAUUUUAAUACACCUUUUAAUGAAAGAGAUGAUGGGCCUCGUGGAAAUAAUUUUAAUUCACCUUUGAAUGGAGGUGUUGAAAGGCUUCUGGGAAAUAAUUUUAAUUCACCUUUGAAUAGAGGUGUUGAUAGACUUAUGGGAAAUAAUUUUAAUAUGCCUUUGAAUGGAGAUCUUUCAUCAUACAAAAGUUUCAUCGGAUCCACUCCAAUACAACAUUAUCCACUGCAAAACCCAGCUCUUCAAACAUCAAAUGUGGAUGAAAUACACAUAGACCGAGGUGCAAUGGACAGGUAUCAGUUAAUGCCCUAUCAAAACCUUCGAGACAUAACAGAUCAAUAUGAGAAUAACUAUUACAGUCCCAGAAGACAGAAUCCAAACUUUAAUGAUCACGUGAUUGAGGAAGAUGACGUACUCGGUUAUGAUCACAACGAAGAAAAUGGAAAGAAAAAAUCAAAAAUUAAAAAUGUUCAUCGCAACAAAAAGAAAACCAGCAACUAACACAUUUGAAGCCUGUGUCAAACAAAUAUACACAAAAAGUUUCAGCAGGAAAGCAGAACAAUAAAAUAACAAGUCAGCAAGAUUUGCGAUUGACUGGAAAUUUUAUGUUUAAAUUUGAAUUCAGAACAUAAAGAUGACGGGGUAGAUUUUUGACUGUUUCGUCAUUGUGUUGUUUCAUAUCUUUCCAAAUCACAAUUAUUAUUAUUAUUAAACAAAAUCCUCUCAACUCACGAGACGUUGAACUUUAUUCAAAUCAACCUAAUUCCCAUAAAGAUUUCAUGGUUUAACAUUCAUAUAGAACUGAAAAUCGUUAAAUUUUACUCAUUUAUCAUCACUGUUGAAACAUUUCCUUAUAUUGAAUGUUACAGUCAAAUAUAUGCAAGAGAUUAAGAAAA